CCUCCCCCGCGCGUCCGGGGGAGGCUGGGUGGGCGUCCUCAGCGCGGGCCGGGGGCUCGGGCCCCGCCCCGGCGCCACGCCCCCGCGGCCCCACCCAGCCUCUCCGCUUCUGGCCUUCGGCCUCGGCAGCUGGAGGCUGCCGGCCGGCGAGGGCCGCGCGAUGUCGCACGGACCCGGGGUCGUCCACACCAUGUGCAGCAGCGGCAGCGCCCCGGGAGCCGGGGCCGGCGCGGGGCAGCUGGGCGCGAGCUCUUCGGAGGGGCUGCUGGACCCCGUCUACCCCCGCACCCACGGAGCGCUGCUGAAAGUGGCGCAGAUGGUCUCGCUGCUGAUCGCCUUCAUCUGCGUGAGGAGCUCUCUGUGGACCAGCUACAGUGCCUACAGCUACUUUGAAGUGGUCACCAUUUGCAACUUGAUCAUGAUUCUCGCCUUUUACCUGGUCCACCUCUUCCGCCUGUACCGCGUGCUCACCUGUAUCAGCUGGCCCCUGUCGAUGCCGCCGUCUGAUGCCCUAACAGCCCUCCAGCCCUGUAGGAGGCGCUGCAGGACGUGUGACCCACGCAGAUGGAGGGGCUUGAGCCGGCGGCCGCAGGAGAGACCGGGGUCUGGGUCCCCGGGCCGGUGGAUGCGGGAGGGGCCCUUCCUCCGGCUCCUGAGCGGGUCCAGCCUCUCUUGCCAGCCUUCUUCACGUCCUCAGAAUAUUCCUCCGCGUCCGGGAAAGAAAAGCAGCCUCCAGGGAAAUCUGAUCUCGCCCUCCUGCUUUAAAACCGCCUCAGGGACAGAUGCCCCCCUCCCCCCGUUAAGGUGAAGGGGGUGGUUUUUGAAUAUUCCUGCCGAACCCUUCCCCUCUCCCCAGCCCUCGGGGAGGGGCGCUGCCUUAAAUCCUCUUGUGAAAACACAGCCACCUCCUAAUUUAUCUCGCUUGGAAAUCUGGUCUUGAAGGUACCCUCUUUCUUAAAGUGAGGCUUAUGGGAGCGCCAUGCGGUCAGCCUGUCCACAAAUAGGAGAUCUCGGUUCCUUUUGUUACCAUUGUGUACGUGUUUGUGUGUUUUUAAAUAAAAUGUUGACUUGGCCAA